AUGCUGAACGUCAAAUACCCAAACACUGUCAACAUACUCUCAAUAAAUAAAGCUCGGGGAACACAGAUAAGCAGGCAUCACAGACAUCAAAAUGGUCAAGGCAAAGAAGUGGAUACUUGCUUCACAAUUUGUGGGGAGCCAAAGGGCUCCAACUUCAAGUUCGAAGAGGAGAACCUUCCUGCAUUGAAAGAUGGAGAAUUCAUCUGUGAUGCAGUAUAUCUCAGUGUGGACCCAUACAUGAGGACGCGUGUUUCCUCUGUCGGGAGUGUCAUCAUGGGCGAACAGGUAGCGCGGGUGACGGAGAGUGAAAACAAGGACUACCCCGUCGGAUGCCUGGUGCAGGGUGUGUUGGGGUGGCGUUCGCCUACACUGGUCGACGCUACAAAUAGGAAGGUCACUGAAGCCAUGUUUCUUUCCAAAGUGCCCGACCUUGGAGAACUAGAACCCUCCGCCGCACUGGGAAUCUUGGGCAUGCCAGGGAUGACAGCUUAUUUUGGGUUCCUGGAGCUCUGUCAGCCAAAGGCUGGAGACACUGUAGUGGUCAACGGUGCAGCAGGGGCGGUGGGCAGUGCUGUCGGACAGAUCGCCAAGAUCAAGGGAUGCAAGGUGAUUGGCUUUGCUGGAUCAAAGGAGAAAUGUGAUUGGGUGAAGAGUCUUGGAUUUGAUCACGUGUUCAACUACAAGGAACAAGACAUCGACAAGUCCCUGAAAGCGGCGGCCCCCGACGGAGUGGACUGCUACUUUGAUAACGUUGGAGGAAGUUUCACGGCUAAAGUUCUUCAACACAUGAAAAUGUUUGGUCGUGUUUCUGUUUGCGGUGGUAUCUCAGUUUACAAUGACGCAAAGCCAGCUCUCACUCCAGAUCCGUUCAUGACGAUCCUACACAAACAACUUAGAGUUGAAGGCUUCAUGGUGUUGCGAUGGGCGGCAAGAUUUCCAGAAGGCAAAGCUCAAAUGAAGAAAUGGAUAGAAGAGGGAAAGAUCAAGUUCAGAGAGACGAUCAAUGAAGGUUUUAACAACAUGGCCAAGACCUUCAUGAUGCUCUUGGAAGGCGCCAACACUGGGAAGAUGCUGGUGAAGGUCUAG